AUGCUGAAUGUUGCUGCCUUUUCCUCUGCAUCGAAUCCGAUAUUUCAUCACUUACCCUCCACCAUAUUCCGUUCGGAAACUGUACAUAUCGGCCGGUAUCGGCGACGUUGUUAUACAAAUACUCCUGCUUCUUUUGACGUUGGUAAUGGGCUCAUUGAUUUCCUCCACCACCUCCUUCAACAACCCAGCAAUGGGGUCAAGCAAAUCAAGCAAAUUCACUCCCAAAUCAUACUUACCGUUGCUAAUUGCUCGCCUCUCUUGGCAGCUAGGCUGGUUGCUGCUUAUACGGAAUUUGGGCUUCUUGGUGAUGCACGUAAAGUGUUUGAAAAAUUUUCGAGUCUUGAUGGGCGUGGGUUUAAAGGGAACAUGCUGUUGUGGAAUUCGAUGUUACGGGGUAACGUUACGCAGGGAGAGUAUGAGGAGGCUCUUAAGUUGUACUGCAAGAUGAGAAACCUUGGGUUUAAUCCUGAUGGGUUCGGUUUUCCUUUGAUUCUCAGGGCUUGUAAAAAUGCUUCCAUUGGUGAGAUUAGUCGGAGUAGAUUAUGUGCGACUGUCCAUGGCCAUGUUGUGCAUAUGGGUUUUCAGCAACAUGUUCAUGUAUGCAAUGAGUUGUUAGGGCUGUAUGGAAAGAUUGGGAGAAUGGCUAUUGCACGUAUAAUAUUUGAUAAGAUGUCGGCAAAAACUCUGAUUUCUUGGAAUACUAUGGUUUCAGGGUUUUCUAAUAAUUUUGAUUGUGGUAAUGCUUAUCUGAUCUUUGCUAAGAUGGAAUCUGAAGAAUGUCGGCCAAAUUCUGUGACUUGGACAUCUUUGUUGUCUAGUUUUUAUAAAUGCGGGCGUUACAGUGAGGUGCUGAGGUUUUAUAAGACAAUGAGGGUAGAAAGCAUAGAGGUUACUGCUGAAGCACUUGCAGUAGCUGUGUCUUCUUGUUCUGAUAUGAAUACGUUUGUCACAGGUGAAAGUGUUCAUGGAUUCAUUGUACGGGGUGGCUUCUGUAAUUAUUCAUUUGUGGUGAACUCUCUUAUAUGUAUGUAUGGGAGAAAUGGUUGCAAGAGAGAAACCGAGAUCCUUUUCUCCAGCUUGGAGUACAAAAGUAUAGUUAGUUGGAAUACAUUGAUUUCUUCUUAUGCUGAAUCAGGGUUUUGCGACGAAGCCUUAGCUGUCUUUUCACAAUUAGAAAAAUUACAUGGUGGGAAUGCAAUGAUGAGACCAGAUGUUAUCAGUUGGAGUUCUGUCAUCGGUGGAUUUGCAGCAAUGGGAAGGUUUGAGGAGUCCUUGGAACUAUUUCGUCGAAUGCAGAUUGUUGAAGUAGCAUUUAACCAUGUUACCAUUGCUGGUGUUUUAACUGCUUGUUCUGGUCUGUCUGCUCUAGGUGUAGGUAAAGAAAUCCAUGCUCAUGUAAUCAGAGUUCUGAUUGACAAAAAUAUCUUUAUAGGAAAUGGAUUGAUAAAUAUGUAUAUGAAAUGUGGUAGCCCAAAAGACGCUAAUUUCGUUUUUGAAAGUUUAGACUCUAAGGAUUUGUUCUCAUGGAAUACGAUGAUUGCUGGGUAUGGGAUGCUUGGAUUUGGUGAUAAUGCGUUAAAGAUCUUUUAUGACAUGACUGACAUUGGAGUUAAACCAAAUGAGGUUACUUUCGUUGCUAUUCUUUCUGCCUGUAGUCAUGCUGGACUUGUCACUGAGGGUCGCAAGCUUUUUGAUGGAAUGACUAGAUACUUUGGAAUUGAGCCUAAAAUUGAACACUAUGCGUGCUUGGUUGAUUUACUUGGCCGUGCUGGAUUAGUAUCUGAUGCCAUACAAAUUGUGAAAAGCAUGCCUAUAGAUCCCAAUGAAUGCGUACUUGGAGCCCUUUUAAACUCCUGUAUGUUGCAUAAAAACGAAGUCAUUGCCGAAACAACUGCUGCCCAAAUCUUCAACCUUGAUUCUUGUAGUACUGGCAGCUACAUGUUACUUUCUAAUUUGUAUGCUGCAAAUGGGAAAUGGGAGGAUUCUGCCAAAGUGAGAUACUCAGUAAAGACCACAGGCCUAAAGAAAAGCCCGGGAUACAGUUGGAUUGAAGUUUACAAGAAGGUGCAUACUUUCUUAGCAGGAAAAGCACUAGAUUCUGAGAUGAAGGAUAUCUAUAGUGUCCUUAAUAAUUUGAGUCUUCAUAUGGAGAUUGAGUGCCAUCAAUUCAAAAUGAGCUCUCAGCCCCAGUUUGAUCCUGUUGAAGAAUUUAUUUAUGCAGGUUGGUGAACCUUUUUAUGGAUUUAAUCUUCAACUUCUUGAUGCCUAAAAUCGUAUAAUUGACUAUAUAUCUUUAAUCAAAACUGUACUUCAUCCGAUUAGUGAUCAGGAAGAAGUUGGUGUUAAGUAGGUUGCAAAUUUGAAAUAAAGGAAGCUGAAUAUCAAUAGAGUAGACUAUGUCAGAGGUUUCUGUAUUCUCUAGACGUGUAUGAGUUGUUU